AUGGGUCCCCUCCUGGGCGGCGGUCACAGCGUGCUCCAGGGUGCUCACGGCUUCGCUGCUGACAACUUGGUCUCGGCCAAGGUAGCUCUGCACGACGGAUCUGUUGUGACUGCCUCGGCUACCGAGAACGAAGACCUGUUCUUGGGCCUCCGUGGUGCCGGCCACAACCUGGGUAUUGUCCUCGAGGUCGAAAUCAAGGCGUACGACAUCCAUCUCGACCCAUGGACCUUUAUGACCUUCGUCUACAACGCCGAUAAAAUAGAACAGUACUUUAAAGCAUGGAAUCACCUCGAGGACACCAUCCCGGACCCCGGCCUGGUCGUCCUAAACGGCUACUACCGCAACCUGCCGCAUCUCGACGCCGAGAAGCCCGUCCUCGUCAUGGAACUCAUCUACCAAGGCCACGACACCGCCGCACCCACGUACAUCUCAGCGUACCGAUCCAUCGGCCCAAUCCACGAGGAAACAAUAACCAACAUCCCCUGGAACACCCUCUUCGACACGACCAACUUCGGUCGCACCAACCGCGUCUGCACCCCCAGCCAAAACUGGGCCGGGUACGUCAACGCCAUCGCGCACUGGGACGCCGCAUCCAUGCGCGAAAGCUACGAUAUCUUCGCGGACCUCGUUGCCAUGCCAACCUACAAUACUUCAACCUUUAUCUUCGAGUCGUAUGGACGUAAGGGUGUGCGCGAUCUGCCUGAUGAGUUUAAUGCUGUCCCGCCGGAGGAGCGGAAUAAAUAUAUUAUGCUUGCUGCGUUUUUGUUUUGGUUUGGUGAUGAUGAGACUGAGCUUGCUGUUGCGCGGGAGUUCGGGGAGAGGCUGCAGGUUGCUAGUCGGAAUGGUGAGGCUGCGCACUCGUAUGUUAACUAUGCGAUUGGGGGCGAGAAGCUGGCGCAGGUUUAUGGGCGGGAUGGUGGCCGGCUGGAGAAGCUUCAGGACAUCAAGGCUAAGUAUGAUCCUCACAAUAGAUUUGGUUUCUAUGCUUCGCUUGCACGGACUUGA